AUGUCCGAGACGCGCAAGAGGAGCAGGAAGCGCUUCGGCGGACACGCGCAUAAGAAACAGAAGGGCUCCCGCGAGCUGGAGGUGGGCGCGCAGGGGGUGCUCAUCACCUGCAACAUGAACGAGCGCAAGUGCACGAGCGAAGCCUUCAGCCUGCUCAACGAGUACGCGGACGCGCUCUACGGCCCCGAGCAGGUCACCAGCAUGAUGUCAGACAAGUUCACUACAGAGAUGCUACAAUAGUGCAGUGAACUAUAGAGAUGUUACACUAGUGUAGCUCACUAUACAAAUGUGUUGUUACUGUAGUGUAGUGCACUAUAGAGAUGCGUUACUGUAGUGCAGUUCUCUAUAGAGAUGUGUUACUGUACUGUAGUGCACUC